GGAAACGUGAAAUACUAACGAGUGGCAACAGCAAUGUCUCCGAGAACGUUAGACUUGUUCCAAGCUGUUUACGAUAGUGACAUUCCGUCUAUCCAAGAAUUUCUCCACUCAGAGGGCAACGUCAACGCUUUCGAUGAGAACGGCAACAACGCUCUGAUCCUGGCGGUUCGAGCAGGCGAUCUCGACGUCAUCGAAAUUCUGUGCAAAAAUGGGGCUGACGUCAACCUGACGUCCCCAAGUCACAACGCCCCUCUGAUGGAAGCCGUCAGCUCGGGAAGGAUGUGUGUGGUCGAGUUUUUGUGCGAUAACGGUGCCGACGUGAACGCCGUUAACGAUGAGGGGCUCUCUCCUCUGAUGUGGAUAAGUGAAGACGAGGACGAGCCCAUCGCGAGGCUGCUGAUAGAGAAACACAAGGCAGACGUCAACCACAAAAAUAAGAGAGGUGUCAGUGUGUUGAUACAUGCCGCUGAUAAAGGCUUUACUAGAAUAGUGCAGGUUUUAAUUGACAGCGGGGCGUCUUUGAGCUAUGCCACGGUAUCAGGAUGGAGCGCUCUGCUCAAGGCUACACGAAACAAGGAUUUUGAGACCGUUCAGUUGUUGCUACAGAAUGGGGUGGAUGUUAAUCAGGUUACACGAGACGGAUGGAACGCCCUCAUGUUGGCCUGCUACAGACCUUGUCACCUCAUCGCUCAACUUCUUGUCGAUGCCGGGGCUGAGCUGAAUCUGAUCAACGCCAAAGGCUUCAGCCCACUCAUGUAUGCGUGUUACAACGGUGCAAUGGAGACGGUGAAACUGCUUUUAGAACGAGGCGCUGACCUCGUCAAGAUCGCCAACGAUGGGAUGACAGCCUUGCAGCUCGCACGGCUCACGGGUAAUUCAGAACUGAUAGACCAUAUCUUGACAUACGGCGACGCUCAUAAAAGGCUGUUAAUAGAGGCGGCGAAGAAUAAAGACCACGUUGGCGUCGUGAGGAUGUUGUUAGAGUGUGGGAUUGAUGUGAACACCACAGAUGGAAGACAGAAGAGCGUCCUUAUGAUGGCCAGCGAACUCGGAAACCUUGAGGCGGUGAGAUCAAUUCUUGAGAGACCCGACGUCAACGUAAACGCGGCUAACAAACGUGGCUGGAAUUCUCUGAUGCUGGCCGCAUUCGGUGGACACUGUGAAGUGGUCGGCGAGCUACUCCAGAAAGGAGCGGAAGUCGAUGCGGUGAACUCAAAGGGCAAUAAUUCACUGUUGAUGGCGACUCACCAAUUACACUUGGAGAUGGUGCAGCUGCUGCUGGGGUUUGGUUCUGACGUCAACCAUUCCAACCAGGACGGUUGGACCGCAGUGAUGUUGGCCGCGCAAAAUGAAGCUUUGGGCAUUCUUCAAGUUUUGCUGCAACACCAGGCCUCCGUCAACAUGUCAAACCAUCAGGGGCAGACGGCUUUAAUGUUGGCAUCUGAGUACGGCCACAUUGACAUCAUACAACAGCUUUUAUGCAGUAAUGAAAAUGCGAUGGAUACCACCGCAUCACAUUUAGAUAGCUCUGAAAUUAGAGCUCAAGCAAUGACACCUGUUGUUGACGUUCACAAAAUGAACAAGAAAGGUGAGACGGCGCUUGUCCUCGCAUGUAAAGGUGGGCAUGAGAAAAUCGUUGAGAUUCUGAUAGAGAAGGGGUCAAAUGUCAAUCACAGGAGUGAAGACGGCACGAGUCCACUGAAGGCAGCAGUGUCCUGCGGGCAUUCUCCUAUCGUGGAGUGUUUGCUUAAGAACAAGGCCGGCGUCGAUGUCGCUGAUGAAUUUGGAGACACCGCUUUGAUGACAGCCGCAAAACUUAAAAACAAAACAACAGCUGAAAUUCUAAUGAGAUAUAACGCUAAUCUAGACCACAAGAACAGCACCAAUUUAACUGCUUGGGACAUUGCAGAAAACAAUGGUAGCAAGGACAUUUUGGACUUGAUGCAAACAAUGAGGAAAAAUCGAAUGAUUGAUAGUUACAGAUCGAUAACUCUCGAUGAAAACAGGACUACAGGUUCAGACUUCGAUAACCGGAGAGGUGAACCAGUUAUCCACGUGGAACGUCAAUAUUGUGUUACCUGUAGCUCAACCACUGAUACCAGAAGCAAUUCCAGUAAACAAUCUUUACCUAGUUCUUUACCUCGUGUCAACUCUAACCCAGCCACUGACGUCAAACCCAAUUACAGAACACCCUCUACAGAGUCUUUGAUUUCUCACGAAAUGUCCUGUAUGAAAAAUCUUCACUCGAAUCCAUCUUCAAUCCCUUGCAUUAAUUCAAGGGAGGAAGAGCCGAAUGAAAACCUUCAUCGUAACAGCAACGAGUACACCAUUAAACUAUCAGAAAACCACGUUGAGAAACAUUUACCAGAAAAAACACUUAAUUUGUGCAGCCAUGGACCUAACGAGGCCCCGGCCAACAGCGAGGGCACCCAGGCUAACAGUGGGCAUGACCAGGCCAACAGUGAGCGUGAAAGCGGUCACAACGGCCAAGAAUCGCCUCACGCUCACGAAUUGUGUGAACGUGUUCUUAAAGUUGAUGACGUCAUAAGGGAUUUCCUCAGGAGGGAUUCCCAACCUCUGAAGGUGGAACGAAACCUCGAAAUGAAACGCACAAAUGAUCAAAACAAAACGGAUGAGGUCAAGCAAGGGAACCCUGACCACAACAACGAGAAGCAGACAUGGUCUUUGAAAAACAAAGCACCAUUAGGACCAGGAUUGGUGUCGAAUACAGCUGUCCCAUUGACGCAGGCGCGCCAAUGUGAAGUGAAGAAAGGCGGCGACCAGUACUAUAAUUCAUCUGAAUUAUUCAAAGCGAAAAGUCAGGAAGGUAAUAUUAUUUUUUUAAUGUCAUAUUCUUUUAAAAAAUAUUAUUCCUGGAUGCCCUUUCAAAAUUAUUCAUUACUGUGAUUGCAUGUGAAUACAACAAAAAAUAAAUCUCAUACAAUAUAGGAGAUUCAGAAACAUAAACAUUGGGAUGAAUUUGAUUGAAUUAUAUAUAUCUUUGAUUUUAUUCUCUCAUGUGAUCAUUUUUUUCAGCGAUCCUUUUUAAAAAAAAAUGUAUGUAUAUUUAUACCUUUUUUUAAAAAUUGCCUUAAGAUAUCAUUCAUUAAAAGUGACUAACUGAUGUGUAUUUGAUCCCUUCUUGGAACAAUUUGACAAAUGGUAUGUUCUCUUUCAUUUAACUUCGUAACAAUAAGUUGCACCAUGCUCCGGUGUUCAGUGGACUUAAGAGAUCGUAUAGCGUUCUGAUCACAAUAUUCCUUUAUCUUAGAACUGAAAGAAUUCUUGGCUCAGGGGGAAUCUCCUGCGUACGCCAACAUGAAAGCGUCACGUGACAUUGACAGUGGAUCACAAGCAAGGGAAGGCAACCGCGGGGCGUCGACCAGACCCUACACGCCUGAGUCGUGUCUACACCCAGACAGUGUUCUGCCGGCGAGCAGAUCCGAUGAACUGCUGAAACCGUGCUUCUCCGAGUUCACUGAUUCCAUAGAGGUCUACGAAGAUGUUUGUUACAUCCCUUGUAACUUUCCUUCGAGUGUUUACAGUGAAAGAUCCCCAACGACGUAUCAAGAAGCACUAGCGAUGCAAUCAACAGAAACUUACAUAAAACAGUUCACAAGGGCCGGUCAGUGCUCUUGAAUCUUUAAAAAUUAAUCCUUCAUUCCAUAAUUAAUUUUUAAUUAUUUUUGUGGGAGGGGGGGGGAGGUCGAGGGGUUUGGGAGAUUUACCUUACAAAAAAUGAACAAAUUAUCAUUAAAAUAAAAAAUAUUAAGUAACAAAUUUAUUUCAUCUACUUAUCAUCAAAUGUGUCUUUAUAUUAUUUUUAUUAUGAUAAUUAUUGUUCAGACAGUCCAAGUGAGAUCAGUUACAUAUUAAAUAGAAGCACGUCGCCAAUAGAAACAGACUGCGAGACCAGGGACUAUGUGACAAGCACCAAUGGUUGUCUUGAAUAUAAUGAAACCCAAGUAGGACCUGUGACAUUCCUUCAGUCAGAUCAAACCUCAUUUUUUGGACCGAGUCGAACUUUCCAUUUAGAUGACAAUAGGCCAAGAAAAGGUAAGAGUUGUUGUAAGGUAUUUAAGCGUAAAUUUAUAAUUAACUAUAAAAUCACUUAUCCAUAUCCAGUAGACAGCCCACAAUUGUUGAAAACAUGGUGUUAAAAUCCAAGUAAGUAUCACUAAAAUAUUUUAACUUUGAGAAUUGUUGUUUGAGCUAAAAAAAAAAAAAUAAUAAUUUUUUUUUUUUAAAUGAUUAGAUCUAGUUUUUUUUUUUUUUUAAAUUCAAUAUCUAACACAAAACCAGUAUUAUUUUUUUAAAAGGAGAGGAAAAAUAGUGUAAACCAUUAUUUACUUGUAAAUUUAAAAAAAAAAAAAAUAAUAAUUUUUUUUUUUUUAAAUGAUUAGAUCUAGUUUUUUUUUUUUUUUAAAUUCAAUAUCUAACACAAAACCAGUAUUAUUUGUUUAAAAGGAGAGGAAAAAUAGUGUAGACCAUUAUUUACCUGUAAAUUUCCAAAAUAAAAAAAAAUUAGUCAUUAAAAUGUUAUUCUUCAUUCAAUCAAUUUUCUUUUAAAUUUGGGUUUCGGUAAGAUUAAUAUUGGAGGUAAACAUGUGAGAUGAGAAUUGAAACCGAAAAUUGCUAUACAUAUUAUGACCACGUUAAUUGAUGAAGUGUAUGACUACGUUAAAUAAUAUAAAUUAUGACUGCAUAUUUUGAUAUAUCUUAUAACUAUUUAUUUUGAUAUAUAUGUUAUGACUGCGUAACAAUGAUGAUUGAAUUGAUAUGAUUUAUGACUAUGUUAAAUUAUAUAUAAUAUUACAGCGUAUUGUGAUAUGUAUUAUUACAACAUAUUUUGAUAUAUAUUAUGACUACGAAUUUGGAUAGAUAUUAUGAAUACGCAUUUGGAUAUAGGCCUAUAUUGCUAGUGCCUAUUUUGAUAUAUAUUACGAAUACUUAUUUUGAUAUAUAUAUAAUACGACUACGUAUUUGAUAUAUUUAUGACUAUGUAACGCUGAUUUUGAUUUAUACGGGGCUAUUUUUAACUUUGCUUAAAUUUUUUUUUUUACUGAUUUGUCUGUUUUUUUAGCUAUGUCAACCAAAUGAAAGAAAAUUUCUUAAUUUUGAUUUUAACAAAAAACUCGUUAUCAGAUAUUAAAUAAUUUAUCUUGAGUGAGUCUGGUUAGAGAAUUGUAACGUAUUUUAACACUUUCCGCGUAGCUUGCUUCACAUUUCUCAAUUAAUUUUAAUAUUUCAUUCCAAAUUUAUGCCAUACUUAUUUAUAAGUAGCUGUCAAUGGGGCUGAUAAAAAAUAUAUAUAUCUCUGCUAUUUUUAGGGCAUCAAGCUAAAAACAACAUCAUCAUUGGGACGGCAGACGUGGUGGCUUUCGAGCAGUCUCAUCUCAAAUGUGCAACGAGGAGAGGGAUUCUCAGACCUCGAGUUGUUCCCCUUGACAUCGACGCCGAGAUAACGCAGCCGUUGCUAUGCAGUCGUGGCAGCGCCAUGGCAACAGACUCUAGCGACGCUGAAGAGACACGUAAAACAUACCUUAAAUAAUUUUAAUAAAAGAACAUUAAUUAAAAAAAUUAGAUAACCUGAGGACAAGUUUUGAUACUAUUUUUAAAUGGUUGUUUUCUCUUUUGCAAAUGUACCGACGGCUCGCCUCCUGGGAUUUGAAGACAUCGAAGAUGUUUAAAUGUGAUAAUGAUAUAUAUAAAGUUCGUCAAAAGGAGACGGGUGCAUAGGAGCGGGUUUAUUCGAUACAUUCCCUUUGUAGUUUUCCUGUCGUGGAGCAAAAUUUACGUUCGAAAACUUCAUCAUAAAAAUUUUAUAAAAAAAAAAUAUAAAACUAAAAAAAUAAAAAAAUUUAAACGUAUUUUUGAUGAGUAACUCUCGUUAUGCAUACGUUAUGUGUACGUUUUGAACGUUUGAAACAAUCCUAAUCAACACAAUUGGAACACAUUCCUAAUAUCAGCAAUAGCGUCAAUAGCAACCACAUGUUUAGAAAAUCUCUCGCCGACGCUGUUAGUUUUCCAUGUCUAUAAAAAAAAAUUAUUGUAAAAACCAAUAUUUAAUUUCAUUUAUAUUAUUAUUAUUAUUUUUUUUUUUGGAUCAUUCAACGAGAAUCUUUACUAGAAGUAUAUUGUUUUAUUUUUUAAUAAUAUCAGCAAUAGCGUCAAUAGCAACCACAUGUUUAAAAAAUCUCUCGCCGACGCUGUUAGUUUUCCAUGUCUAUAAAAAAAAAAUUAUUGUAAAAACCAAUAUUUAAUUUCAUUUAUAUUAUUAUUAUUAUUUUUUUUUUUUGGAUCAUUCAACGAGAAGCUUUACUAGAAGGAUAUUGUUUUAAUUUGUAAUUUUAAUUAUAAGAGGCUCAGGCCUGGCUUUAAGAAAAGUGGGCCAGGGGUUAACAUUUGAUUGGUGACAUUGCGAUCUAUUAGUUACGAUAUGAUUUAUUAAAUAAACCUGCCAGGCGUGUUAACUGCAAGUGUUUAACAUCAGGGCAAUUAAAGAUCCUCAUGCUUGUUCGACUGUCAGAUCACAGCGGCCCAACCAAACAAUGAAUGAGUACACAUGCUUGGUUUUAUUAUAAUUUUUUUUUUUAAAAAUUGUAUAAAGUAGCACUCUAAAUGUAAAUAGCAAGGAACUAUACUAUUCAUAAUCAUAACCCAAGAUGUACAUGCAUUUCAGUAUACGAAACUGUUGGACAAUACGCAACUGUUGGAGAUCCCAUUGAUUCAUCGCCUCUUGGGGUGGAUAGUAAUCUAAAUGUUGGCUCGUCCAUCAAGUAAGAUUUAAGUUGAGUUGAACAAUUUGUGUUGCGUGUGUUUUAAUUCAUAAUAUCGGAAAUAUCUUUAACAUAUCAGGCUGAGCAAUGUAAUCUUCUUAAUUAUCCAGUCUUUGUUUCAAUGAUUAUAUCCUUAAUAAUGAGCUCAUGCUUCCUUUCAGUAGACAUCCCAAGGUGGAGCAGUAUCCACAAUGGAUAAAUGAUAUCAUCCAGGCGGUGAAUACGGCACCAAAAAAUGGAUCACAAACUGAUCAACCUAUGCAAUUGUGAGUCUCAUCUCUUCAGUUUGAUUUUUUACCACACAUGAUUGCACCAAACCACUACUACUGACAUACAAGAGUAGACUGGUUAAAUGACCCCUGAAACUUUUGGCCACCUGGACACUUCUAUAUGUUGCACUACAAUAAAACUCGCGUAUUAAAUCUUCAAGUAGAUCUAUAUUUUUCUCCCGAUAUAGCAGGCCAAGAGAUACCCCUGACGAGAUUAAGCCGUUUAUGAACUGGCCUAGGUCUAGCUAUACGCCUGCGGUUAAAAACAAGAUAGGGAAAUCUCUACCGGGGGUUGAAAUAGCCAAGCCAUAACUUAUCCCUCCUGGCCAGAUUAUUACCCCCCUACCCCAAGCGUGAUAUUAGUGGUGUACUGUGAUGCACCUAUGAAUUACUUAAUUUUCGACGUAUCACUGGGAGUUCAGCUUUGUAUGGUAAGUUAGAAUAAGUGGAGGAUGAUAAUGACGGUUGAGUGGAUGGUGUACUUACGGUUGAGUGGGUGAUGGUACUGAUGGUGGAGAGGAUGAUGGUACUGAUGGUGGAAUGGAAGAUGAUACUGAUGGUGGAGUGGAUGGUGUCCUUACGGUUCACUGGGUGAUGGUACUGAUGGUUGAGUGGGUGUUACCACUGAUGGUGGAGUGGAUGGUGUACUUACGGUUCAGUGGGUGAUGGUACUGAUGGUUGAGUGGGUGAUCGUACUGAUGGUGGAGAGGAUGAUGGUACUGAUGGUGGAAUGGGUGAUUGUACUGAUGGUGGAGUGGAUGGUGUUCUUACGGUUCACUGGGUGAUGGUACUGAUGGUUGAGUGGGUGUUACCACUGAUGGUUGAGUGGAUGCUGAUACUGACGGUUGAUUGCAUUUUGGUACUGACAGUUGAGUGGGUGAGGGUUCUGCCUGUUGAGUUGCGGCUGUUACCGACGGUAAUAUGGAUGGUGGCACUGACGGUGUCGUGGAGAUUUUUGUGGAUGAUUGCCACUUUAUUCAGCACACCAGGGCCGGCAUCAUUUGAAAAGGGCAUUGGGUCCACAAUAGCAUAUUCUGAGGGUUCAACAGGAAGCUUUGCCUUCAGUCCGCACAUGGAGUGCCCUUGGUUGAGGCACACCCAGACAUGUGACAGAAAAACAUAACGCUAGGGAUUUAUUGGUCCCUAGUUGUCUAAUUGUUUACUGACAGCCCCCUCCACCACCACCGACACCCACCAAUAACGUGAUUUCUGUUUGAAAUUUCCUUCCAACAAUUUUCCUUCGAACAAGAUACUUUCACACAAUUUUUUGUUAACAAUUUUGAGUACAUUGUUAAUUACCAAGCUACAGUAAUAGUUACAAUUUCUAUCUUCCUCCUGCUGGACUAGACACUGCCUGGACGUGACACUGACUGUAUUAGACACUGCCUGUACUAAACUCGGUCUGGAUUAUUCACUGCCUUGACUAGCAGCCUGGACUAGAGACCACUGGGCUAGACACGGCCUGGACUAGACACUGCCUGGACUAGAGACAGCUGGGCUAGACACGGCCUUGACUAGACACUGCCUGGACUAGAGACCGCUGGGCUAGACACGGCCUGGACUAGACACUGCCUGGACUAGACACCGCCUUAAAUAUGUCUGCUAGUGACACCUAGUACACGACAAUGUGUUCUAAAACUUUCAACAUCAAAUGUGUCCGCUAUCGAAUAUAUAAAAUAAACAUAAUAAAAAACUGCAUAUUUAUCUUGUAUUUUUUCAAGUUUUUUGCGUUACUUGAUAAUCUUUCCAUAGUUUGAUAUCUUUGACUUUGUGUUUAUAUCAGGUCAAUGUGGAUCGAAAUGUGUUUGGAUACGACGGCAUCGCGUCCUUAACAUUCAGAAUAAAGAAUCUAAAUAAAAAACGCGUUUCAAUUUUGCUCCCCAGAAUAAAUUUAAAAAAAUAAUAAAAUAAUUAUUUCUUAUCUUAACAGAAAUAUUCACUAUGAUGCCACCGUCCAUAACGUGACGAUACCAAGUACUCAGUUCUGUGCCAUCAAUAACAGUAGUAUUACCACCACCAACGAGGUGGACUCAGGAAAUACAAAAGGUAUCGAUAUUAUUAUCAUUGAUGCGAUACUUUCCUCUGAUAUUGGUGUUUUUAAACAAAAUUAUUACUCGGGUUUCACAUUCAAAUUAGAUUCAAAUGAGUCAGUGAGUCAUACAUAGAUUUGAAUUGUACGAUUUGAAUACAUUGGCAUGAGGCGUCAGUAAAAUGAAAAUUGGCGAAACUAAAAUCAAUAAUUAUAACAUGACAUGAUCCUGGAUUCUCUGCAAGCUUGUAACGUUUGUUAUCAAGUAACAGUAGAUAUGUCAACUGCCCAUCCCGAGAUGAAAUUUAUAACGACCAAUACAUGUCUUUUGUUAUAUAAGUGUAUACAUUUUACCAUAAAUACACUAUGUAAAAUCUUUAAUGACGCAAAAGAUUAAAUGGCCAUGACGAUGAUAUAGUACGUGAUCAUAAUUAUGAUAGUUAAAAAAACACUACAAAAAAAAACAAACAAGGAUGUUCUAGCCUGAUAUGUAUGUACUUCAUUAUGUAGAUAUGUCGAUACUUAAUCAAUUGGAUAUGUAUGUAAUUCAUUAGUUGGAUAUGUCUGUAAUUCUAUAUGUGGAUAUGUCUGUACUCUAAUUAUUGAAUAGUAGUUUACUUUUGAAGUUAACUUACUAUUUUACGCCUUCUGUUUCCAUAAAGUUUCUUUCAUUAUUAUACUUUUUAUGUCCCUUCCCACAACUCUCGUCAUUCACCAAUUUGUUCAGUCACUUCCCUUGAUUCGUCUCUUCCACCCCCCCUUCUUUCCUCCUCUACCCCCCCCCCCCCCCCCACAAAAAAAAAUUAGUAAUGUUUCCUGUCCUUAGUUAUAAAUUAAACUUUUAGUAGUCAUCAUUUCAAUACAUAAAAAUAUAAUAUUACCAAUGACACAAUAUUUGAUGUGUUUUUCCCCACAGAUAUAACUAUGGUCAGGGGUAAGAAAGAACCCCUGUCUCCAGAGGAAGACCUGACCAUCCGAAAAAACUUCAGCUACCUCAAACGCAACCUCAAUCCGAUCCUCAUUGCCGAUCUGAUGUGCCGGGAAGGAAUCUUUGACAGCAGCGACAUGGAAGACGUCAUGAGGCCGCGUUUCAUGAAGCGAAAGUCGCACGUCCUGUUACAGAAAAUGCUCAAUGCCGGCAGUGGUGACGCCUUCGAUGUGUUCAUGGAUGCUCUGGAGAACGUCCACCCACGGGUCGCAGACAAGCUGAAGUCUUCUUCGCUGGAAAGUUUACCGGCAAGGGGAGAUAAGCGGCGAUGCUGUAAAUGUUGUGUUCAGUGAAGAAAUCGCACCAAAUAUUUAUUUUUUGUUAUUGAAUCCUUUGUAUUAACUCCGCAUUUUUUUCGUGUGUUCCUUUAAGGAAAAAUCUUCGGAUGGCUAAUUGACUCACUUCCCAUCAUCAUAUCGAGAUGAAACCUCCAACAUGGCCUAGUGGCUAAAGACAACGCAUUCUAACAAAUUUUUCAGCCCCACCCACAACCGCGAAAAUCAGAUUUGACGCCACCAGAUGGCGCUGAUUUUAAGAAAUAAAAUUCCCCAAAUCUGCAGCUUAUGAGAUUCUGAAAAACACAACAAAUUCGUUUGGAGCGAAAUAUUUUUUUGGUUUGUUUUACAGAAUUAGUUGGUGGAA